AUGUGCUUUUUGUCAGGCGCUGACUCCUUCCGUGCUUCUGGGAGAAGCCAGCCCCUCUGUAAGGCAGCCUUCUGGCCACGCCGUAGCGUACGGUGUGAAGCCAUCGACAGCCGCAGCCUUCGCUGACAGCGUUUCUGGAGCAGGCAUCUUUGCUUACCUGAACUACCAUGUUCCCCGGACACGACGGGAGAUCCUGGAGACCCUUAUCAAAGGGCUCCAGCGGCUGGAGUACAGAGGCUACGAUUCGGCAGGUGUGGGCAUCGAUGGCGGAAACGACAAAGACUGGGAAGCCAAUGCUUGCAAAAUCCAGCUUAUCAAACAGAAGGGGAAGGUGAAGGCUCUGGAUGAAGAGGUUCACAAGCAACAGGACAUGGACCUGGACAUCGAGUUUGACGUGCACCUUGGAAUCGCCCAUACCCGCUGGGCUACCCACGGCGAGCCCAGCCCCGUCAACAGCCACCCGCAGCGCUCGGAUAAGAACAACGAGUUCAUCGUCAUCCACAAUGGCAUCAUCACCAACUACAAAGACCUGCGCAAGUUCCUGGAGAGCAAGGGCUACGACUUCGAGUCGGAGACGGACACGGAGAGCAUCGCCAAACUGGUCAAGUACAUGUACGACAACCGGGACAGCGACGACAUCAGCUUCACCACCCUGGUGGAGAGGGUCAUCCAGCAGCUGGAAGGUGCUUUUGCCCUGGUGUUCAAAAGUGUUCAUUAUCCUGGGCAAGCGGUCGGUACCCGGCGAGGCAGCCCCCUGCUCAUAGGAGUGCGCAGCGAGCACAAGCUCUCCACCGACCACAUCCCGAUACUCUACCGGACAGGUAAGCCUGAGCACGGAAGCUGCAACCUGUCUCGCGUUGACAGUACCACCUGCCUUUUCCCCGUGGAGGAGAAAGCUGUGGAGUACUACUUUGCUUCUGAUGCCAGUGCUGUCAUUGAGCAUACCAACAGAGUGAUUUUCCUUGAAGAUGACGAUGUAGCAGCUGUGGUCGAUGGCCGUCUUUCCAUCCACCGGAUUAAACGCACAGCAGGAGAUCACCCCGGGCGCGCCGUCCAAACCCUGCAGAUGGAACUUCAGCAAAUUAUGAAGGGUAACUUCAGCUCAUUUAUGCAGAAGGAAAUUUUUGAACAGCCAGAAUCUGUCGUUAAUACGAUGAGAGGAAGGGUCAACUUUGAUGACUACACUGUAAAUCUUGGUGGAUUGAAGGAUCACAUUAAGGAGAUUCAGAGGUGUCGUCGUUUGAUCCUUAUUGCCUGUGGGACAAGCUAUCACGCUGGAGUUGCGACCCGUCAGGUUCUGGAAGAACUGACGGAAUUGCCUGUUAUGGUUGAACUAGCCAGUGACUUCUUGGACAGAAACACCCCUGUCUUCCGAGACGAUGUUUGCUUUUUCAUCAGCCAGUCAGGUGAGACAGCAGAUACUUUGAUGGGUCUUCGGUACUGCAAAGAGAGAGGAGCCUUAACCGUAGGAAUAACCAACACAGUUGGCAGCUCCAUAUCACGAGAGACAGACUGUGGCGUCCAUAUCAACGCAGGGCCAGAGAUCGGGGUUGCCAGUACCAAGGCCUAUACCAGCCAGUUUGUCUCUCUGGUGAUGUUUGCUCUGAUGAUGUGCGAUGACAGAAUUUCUAUGCAGGAGAGGCGCAAGGAAAUCAUGCGUGGUCUGAAGGGACUGCCAGACUUAAUUAAAGAAGUGCUGAGCAUGGAUGAUGAGAUCCAGAAGCUAGCCACAGAGCUAUACCAUCAGAAGUCUGUUCUCAUCAUGGGACGUGGCUACCACUACGCUACAUGUCUUGAGGGAGCUUUGAAAAUUAAAGAAAUUACCUACAUGCACUCCGAAGGGAUACUGGCAGGUGAGCUGAAGCACGGCCCUCUCGCGCUGGUGGACAAACUCAUGCCCGUUAUCAUGAUCAUCAUGAGAGACCACACGUAUGCCAAGUGCCAGAACGCUCUCCAGCAGGUCAUUGCACGGCAAGGGCGACCUGUCGUGAUUUGUGAUAAGGAAGACAUCGAGACGAUUAAGAACAAUAAAAGAACAAUCAAAGUUCCCCAUUCAGUGGACUGUCUGCAGGGGAUCCUGAGUGUUAUCCCCCUUCAGCUCCUGGCUUUCCAUCUUGCAGUUCUCAGAGGAUACGAUGUUGAUUUUCCAAGAAAUCUGGCCAAGUCCGUAACUGUAGAGUGAAAGAUCAUCUGAAUCAUAGGGGCAAAGGGGAAUUAAAUGAAAGACUCUUUUUGGUACCAAAAUACCUUGAUUUUAAAGUCCCCUAGGUAAAUCUUAUUUUGGUAAAUCAUUGUUUGUGUAUAAGAUCACCAUAAUUCCAUUACAUUAGUGAUUGUCAAAUUGAUUCCACAUGCUAUGCCAAUAGCUUUGGGGUUUUUUGAACAAUAGGUUUCCAUGAACGAUGUUAAAUGGUUUUCUUCAAAGAUUACUGAGUCUUCUAGGUAAGGGGCCCUCCACUUUACUUUGACGUCGUUGUUUCUUAGCCAGUGUGGCUCAUUCCAAUUGUUGAUGAGAAACCAUUGGAUGAAUCCCCUGUCAUGCUCUCAGGCAGCGAAGCAGGAUACCAGAAUAUACAACUGGACCAAGAGCUGUUACUGGUCAUGCUUGUGCAGAUAUUUUAACAGUGAACGAAACUGUAAACAAGCACUGGGGGUCAAUUUCUGCCUUGUGUACAAAAGGGAAUUCAACUGACCUGUCGCAACCUCCUAGAUUUUAGGCCCGUGGUAGAUGCGCUAAGGAAAUAAUGUUGCUUCAGAAGGCUUUUACCUAUGCCAAAUACCUAGCAAGUGACAAUCUCGUAGACUCGGUGGGCCACAACGCACUGUGUAACACCAGCAUAUGCCCGUCGUUGUGCCCACGAAGACAGUGGAACUCACGCCUUCGAGUGUAAACGGGAGCAGUGUCGGACUCGGUACGGAUGCUUACCAAAGCGGGGGAGGAGAGAGGAAUAUGGGCAGUGUUUGCGCCAGGGUUUUGUUGUUGCUGUUGUGUUUUGUUUUUUUUUUUAAAAAAACGGUAGAAUUGUUCCUGUGUUGAGGCUUUUUCCUCUUGAACUGAGGCCUGUGGCACUGUCAACACAUCCUAGGGAACUGGCUUUAUCCUGCUGCAGGUCACUUACUAGUCUGAAUGUGUAGAAGAAAGUGUCCGCCUUGCGUAUCUCUGGCAGAGAGACGGCCCUGAAGCUGCCUUCCCGAGGCUUACUACGUUAGCCAAAGUCCCUUAACGAGAGCAUGGGUUCUGGUUUAGUUAGGAGCAGUUUGUACGUGGCUUGUGGCAAAUUCAGCUGGUUUAAAAUCGGAGUGGAUAAAAAAGGCUCGAGGGCCAUACCUUGGUAAGAGCGUUCUCAGAAGCUUGCAGAGGAUCAGCAGUGACACAGAACAUACGCCUUCGAGACUUAACGCUGACUUUUUGAAAGUCAUUAACAAGCAGUUUUGGCUACGUAUUUUCUCAUGCAAAAAGGUGAAUUUCCUACCAGAGUGAUGGGUUUUGAAUUAGCUUUACACACGCAUCAU